AACGUCACGACCGCAGAGGACGGGCCAGUCCGGCGCCGUGUCCGCUGAGGGGGCGCCCGGCUGGCUGUCCUAAUGGCGCGCCCGGAGGCGGAGGCGGAGAUCCACCCGCUCAAGGCCCGAGAGGCGCCGGCCUCGCCGGGCAGCGGGGCUCGGGACGCCGAGAAGGAGGCUGGCGGCGGCGCGCAGCCCGGCCGUCUCUCUCAGUGGCGCACCGCGGCCUUCUUCCUCUCGCUCUACCUCUGCCUCGGCGUGGCCUUCGCCUUCUCCUUCGUCAUCCCCUGCCCGGUCAGGCCCGCCUCGCGGACGGCCUGGAGCAGGGCCUACGACGACGCUGUGGCCUACGCCUUCCUGGGCGCGGGGGACGCCGACGGGGACCGAGUGCAAGACCUGUUCGUGGCCUUCCAGGCCGGCCCCGGCAGCCGGAACGCCAGCGGCGCCGACCAUGGCUCUUGCUCCGGAGGAGGCUUCGCCACCCCCUGCGCCUUCCUGGCGGCGCAUUCGGGCACCAAUGGCAGCACUCUGUGGGAAAGACCGGUGGCCCAGGAGCUGCUCCUGAUGGACUGCUCGGUGGAGCACGGCGGCUCUCCGGCCUGCCUUAUCAUCGGGAAUCCGGCUUCCAUCGCCCUCCUCGACCUGGAAACAGGCCAGACUCGGUGGAAUGAGGCAGUCAAUUUUGGUGCUAACGCUACAGUCUUGAGUCCCUUACUGAAGAUUCCUGAUAUUGACAAAGACGGUGUGCCUGAUUUCUUGGUCUUUGCUGCCACAGGAGAGGAGCUCCAAUUUUCUCUGCAGAUUAAGAGCUUCUUCUAUUCAGGCACAUUUGGCACACAAAUGAAAUUCAGUGGAAGCCUGCAUUUGCCAGGACUGAUUGGGCACCUCUUGCACGUCACCAAGAGCGGAGCCCACUACAUCCUGUUCUACACAGCAAAGGCUCUUUUUGCCUACUCGCUGAAGGAGCUCUAUCACAUGGCUGUGGGCCCAGCAAGCCCAGCCCUUGCCACCCUGAAGGAAGAUGCGAAUUGGGAGAUGGCGAUUCUUCACAAGGCUCGACAGGUGCCCCUAGCCAGCUCUGGAGAUAUUCAGUACGUGACAAAGAUGACAGAGAAAUCAGGGAGCCAUAUUUUGGUUGCAAGAUCAGCUAUGUUGGAGCUGGUGAAUGGACAGCAGCUGAAUUCAUUGUGGGUUGUUGAUGUGCCACACAUCCUGAGGGAGCCCGUUCUGGGAGCCUUUGGUCCCGAUGAGAUUGCUGUGGCCAUUGAAAGCAGAGUCUCGCAUGACACAAAAAAGGUUACAAUUAUGGAGGGCAGUUCUGGCAUCAUCAAGUGGGAAGUAGAGCUGCUUUCAGAAAUGCAGAGUCCCAAGCCAGCCACUCUUACAACUGUUGAUCGCAGAUCCAUCUUCCUCUUUUGGGGCCUGUACCAGGAUGAAAGAAAUGAAACUGGAUCUUGGCAUGGAAGUCGGCAGCAGCGGCUGUACCUUUUCCAUCCCUCCCUGCCCACUGUUCUCUUGGAGCUGAGCAACAGCACUGAGCCCAUAGUGGCCUUUGAAGGGUUGCUUUUUGAGCGAAGCCGCCAUGCCUGUUACGUGCUGCUGGCAGGCCCCCAGGUUGGCAGCUCCCCUGGGAGAGUGGUCCUCUCAAAACGGAAGCUGAAGGAAGAUAUUUUCAGCAGCCAUGUGAUCUGGCUCAACCAGAUGCCCCAAGAUACUGACCAGAAUGUCCGGGACUAUUUCCACCGAAUGAGAUUCCGUACCUUUGGGUGAGGAGUAUAAUCCCAAAGGCUUUCAGACCUGAAGCUAGCCAGGGAGAAGGUAAACCGCACUCAGCUCCUGGAACAGUUUGGCUAGUCCCCCACUAGGACUUGGAUCCCGUUCCCUGGAUUGUGCAUAGAGGCACUAGAUUAAACAGGGUGGGGGGAGAGACAUUGUGCCUCCUCUCUGACCACCAGAGGCAUCCAUGUCCCAGAGGAGAAAGAUCCUGGAGAUGGUGCAACUGAGGUGGGGCGGUUCUAACAUGUUACGUGCCUAGCCAUCUGGCUCCUCUUAGUCAUCCUUCCCCUGGAACAGUGAACUCUGUGCAGCUUGGAUGUAUAACUGCAUCAGCCCUGGAAGUGCUUUGAGGGCCCUCUCAGAGUCAUAGCUGGCUUGGAUCCUAUGACCUCCCAAAAGAAUCUGCAGAGCAGCUCCAUCGGCCUUGGCUACCUCUGCUCCCAAAGUAAUGCACCUGAUCCCCAGCUCACAUGCACCAAGCCAUGCAGGUUGGCAUUGCCAGGUACUGGGGCAUCCAAUUCUUCUGCCUCCUUGUUUUCUUGCUGUGGCCAAGCCUCAGGUGUGGCUUUUUCUUUUUCUAUCACAGUUCAAAGAUGGACAUGCUUUGUAGAGCUGUAGUUCAUUUAUAUGGCCUGCCCUUGAUAAUUUCAAUUUCAAUAAAUUCAACUUUGGCCACAA